AUGGCCCGAACAUGGAUACCAAAACGGCGCAGCUGUGGCAUAUUCACUCCAAGUUUGGAACCUACCGUUUUUUUUAAUGUCAAAGGUGGUCUGGAGGAAUCGAGCGGACGUUCUACGAAGAACAGAGUUGAAGCUCAAGUUGCUGUGGCACUUUUCAAUGGGCUGAGGAAGGAUUUUCGUUCUGUGGACUUUACCUUCCGAGUGAGAAUAGUAUCGAUGUAUAGCGCUCAAAUUCGAGAGUUAAAGAUUGCCUUUGAGCAACGAUUUGGCCGUGAAAUUCUUACCCAAGUAGAUUUCAGGACCGUAGAUGGCUUCCAGGGACAGGAGAAGGACGUGAUUAUACUUUCUUACAUCCGCCGAAUGAACGUUGCUAUCACACGAGCAAAAUUGUCUCUGUUUAUUCUUGGGAAUGCAGCAACUCUUGAACGCAGUAACGAGACAUGGCGGGAGAUUGUGGCGCACUCAAAGGCUCGGAAUAUUUUCCCCGAGGUUGAUAUCUCGUACUUCACAGCUCAUUCCACCAUGGCCAGUGGAACCCCUCUGACUGGGACCUCUCCUCGAAAGUCUAAACAAACCAAGCCUGCUUUGGCUGUAUCUCAGCAUCCUGAUCUUUCCACUCCAAAGGAGUUGAAGGCUGCAGCCUUAACUAACCCACCAAAAUCAAGCUCUUCUGAGCCUUUACAUGUCAACGACGUUGCGCCGACCCCUCUAGAUAAGUAA